UGCUAGGAGGCGGCGGCUGACGGAGCUGAGGAUUUUUGAUGAUCAGCGCUAAAUAAUAUUGUUAUUGUUGUUAUUAUUUUCUUGAUGUUUCUUCACAAUCUGGGCACCAAUAUGAAUUUGAAGCCGAGUCGCGAUAGACUUUACACGACCCGAUGUUGUGGAUGCUGCCAUGUCCGGACAGGAACCAUUAUUCUCGGUACUUGGUACAUGGUCGUGAACUUGCUGAUGGGAAUCCUGUUGACGGUGGCUGUGACCCAUCCUGAGAACGUGCCCUCGGUCGACCUGCAGUACGAGGUCAUCGAACACUACUUCGCCUCAGACCGAAUGUCAGAAAAUGCUUGUGUGGGAUUUGCCAUCUCCCUCCUGAUGCUCACCAUCAGUGCCAUGAUGGUGUAUGGAGCCAUUACUCACCGUGACGGCUGGCUGAUCCCAUUUUUCUGCUAUCAGCUGUUUGACUUUGCUCUGAGCUGCUUGGUGGCCAUCAGCUCCCUCACCUACCUGCCCAGGAUCAAGGAUUAUUUGGAUCAACUGCCUGACUUCCCGUACAAAGACAACCUUCUUUCUCUGGACUCCAGCUGCCUUCUGCUUUUUGUGCUCAUCUUCUUUGCUCUCCUCAUCAUCCUGAAGGCUUAUUUGAUCAACUGCGUGUGGAACUGCUACAAAUACAUCAACAAUAGAAACAUGCCAGAGAUCGCUGUCUAUCCUGCUUUUGAGGCUCCACCUCAGUACAUCCUUCCCACCUACGAAAUGGCCAUGACGAUGCCGACGAAGGAGCCUCCCCCCCCUUACAUGCCCGCCUGAAAACCCCCGUCCGCGAUCAAGUCACUGCAGAUGGUGUCCUUGGGUUGUUUUUUUGUUGUUGUUUUUUGGAUCCGAUUGCACUCCAGUCUUUAGGACAGAGGGUGUUACGGUUCCCCACCACUUUAUCACUUUAAAUCUCUCUCUCUCUCUCUCUCUCUCUCUGCAUAUUGCAUAGACUUAACCAUCGUCAUCAUCCGCAUGACUUCUCAUAAACACGUUGUGACAGCUCAUCACAGAUCUAUUUUUGUAAAGAAUAUUAAAAACGCAGCAAGCGGGUUUUAAGGGGGGGGUUGGGGGUGUUGUCCUCUAGGAGGGGUAUUCGGGGUCGCAGUGUUGAAGCCAUUGUGUGAGCUGGGUCGCAUAGUGACUUGUGCUUCUGACCGCUUUUUUGUAUAGUUUUAUUCAUAGUGAACCAUUCUAAUGUUUUGAAACGUUUGUACUCGGGUGACGUAGAUCAUCUGCCAGCAGGCAACGCACAUGAAGCAGUGUGAGCUUUCACUUUUCUUUUUUUUUCUUCCUUUUCUUUUUUCGCUUGCUUUACUCUACUAAUAUUUCGAAGCACUACUUUUUCAGCCGGCUAACGCGAAGGAUUCCGCUAGUUUAAACACCGGUCAUGACAAUCCAAUGUGAAAUUUAAAAAAAGUCUUCUUUUUUUUUUUUUUCUUUGUGUAUAAUUUUGUGUGAAAGUUUCAAAAGAAUAAAAAAAAAAAUGCAACGCGUUCACGGGCAUAAGAGGUUUUAGCACUUUAUCAUGUUUUAUAUCCAAGUGUCGUACCAGUUCUUACAUCCGAUCAUCCAUCAGACCCCACCGCACGCCACCAUCUUGGCAGCGUUCGCCGUGCCGUGUCGUGGUAGAUAGUGUUCAUGCUUUUUAACGCGUCGCUGACGAGUGGAGGCUUUCCUCUCACGAGACAAUGCUUUGGAUAAACAUGACUCUGCUAGUAUUGUGAAAAUCAGUCGAUGCAUGCUACUCUGUUUAUUGGUCUCGCUUUUAUUUCUUGUACACUUUCUGGUAAGUCGAUUAAUUCAGUAAUAAACAUUUGGAAACAUUG